AUAAUUUUUUUAUUGAUUUGUUUUUUACAACACAGUUUAUGCACUUACUGGGAGUUCCUGAACAGUGGACCAUAGUAGAUGUUUAUGGAAUAGAUAGUGAUGCCCUAGCUUGGGUUCCUCGCCCUGCUAUUGCGCUAAUUUUGCUAUUUCCGUAUAGUGAUAAGUUUUUGGAGUAUGCCAAAGAAGAGGCUGAAAAAAUUAAAGAAAAAGGCCAAGUUCUGGUUGAUGAUAUUUUUUACAUGAAACAAUAUGUGUCUAAUGCAUGUGGUAGUAUGGCUUUGAUACAUGCUGUAGCAAACAAUACAGAUAAGAUAGAAUUAAAAGAUGGUGUUUUUAAAAAAAUCCUGAAAGACUGUAAAGAUAUGACCCCAGAAGAAAGGGGAGAAUUACUGUCUAAAGUAAAUGAGGAUUCUGAUGCCUAUAAACUAAUUGCAGCACAUCAAGAACUUGCCAAAGAAGGACAGACAGAGGCCAAUCCAGAGGAGAAAGUAAACCAUCAUUUUGUGGCUUUUGUCCAAAAAGGUGGUUGGCUUUAUGAGUUAGAUGGAAGAAAAGAUUUUCCAAUUAAUCAUGGGGCUUCAAGUGAAGACUCAUUUUUGGAAGAUGCGGCUAAAGUUUGUAAAGCUUUCAUGGAGAGAGAUGCAGAUGACGUAAACUUCACCAUAAUGGCCUUAGUGAAAAAUGAUUAGGCUGAUAAACUGAUAUUUGAACCAAAAUUCCUAGUUAAGGCAUUUACUUUUUUUUUAAUUGCUUUAGCUUAUCCUGAUGAUACACGCAAAGGGGACACUUUGGUUGCUAUUUAUACUUAUUUAAAUUUGAGUCAAUGUCUUAAUUUUGAUAUGUUAAACAUGACUCACUGUGAAGAUUGUGUUAUGCUUUAAGCUUAAUAAUCCUAAAGAAAAUAUUAAAUAAAAACACAUGAUUAUUCAAUAA